GCUGAAGUCCCUUCUCCUGCAGCUUCUUCUGUUCCAGCCAUUGUUUCCAACUUCCCUGGGCUUCUUGAGCUGCCUAGAGCUCCUGCUACUCCUUCGUAUGCUGCUACUUUCGAGGCUUUUGAUCUUCUAGGGCCUCUUGAAAUUUCUACUGAAAUUCUUCCACCUACUACCUCAGAGCUUCCCAAGCUGCCUUGA